AUGGCUCUGCGGGCGGCCGCCGCGGCUCCGCUCCUUGUCGGGCUGCUCAGCCUCUGCCCGGCCCCGCUCGCCGGUGCCGGUGCCGGGGCGGCCGGCGCCUUCGAGCUGCGGCAGCCCCAGGGGCAGGUGUCGGUGUCCGUGGGGCAGACGCUCACGCUGCACUGCACCGUGUCGGGCGACGCCGUCGCGGGACCCGUGCGGUGGCUGAAGCCCUCGGGCGGCAGGAACCGGACCAUCUACGACCAGAAAGGCUCCUUCCCCCGGGUGACGCGGGCGGCCAACGGCUCCAACACCGACUUCACCAUCCGCAUCCGCGACGCCCGCCCCGACGACGCCGGCACCUACUACUGCGUGAAGCUGCAGGCCGACGCGGAGGAGCGGGUCUACUGCUCGGGGCCCGGCACCGCGGUGCACGUGCGCGAGGGGGCCCCGUUCCCCAGCGCGGCCGUGGCGGCCACGGUGCUCUCCGUCCUCCUCCUCGGCUUCUGCGUCGCCCUCUGCGUCUACCGGCGGAUGAGGGGAGGUGGCAGCGCCGGCAGCCCCAGCACCCACGUGCCGGACGCCGAGACCUCAGCGCCGGCCGGGCAGCGGCCCGGCGCGGCGGACGCCGACCUCCACUACGCCGACCUGCAGCACCUGCCGGCAGCCCCGCGCCGGGCACCCGGCCCCGGCACCGCCGGCUCCGAGUACGCCAGCAUCCGCGUCGCGGCCCGGUAGAGCGCGGCACCGCUGGCCCGCGCCGCGGGAGGAAGCGGGGACUUUUUCGGCGAGGCACCAGAAAGGAGAAGCAGAUGCGCCGCGGGAUCGGCUCCUGCCUCGCCGCCGGCCGGCGAUUGCUCCCGGAGGACGCGUGUCCC